CCACCACCUUCUUCUCUUCUCACACGUCUUUGCAGUUUGCACUAUGUUUUUUCUUACUUUUUUAGUAUAAAAAUUAAUGUCUUACUAUAAUAUAUAACUAUACUAUAAUCCAAGAAAACAAGGUAUAUGAUUACCCUUUCAGCUUCCUUCCCCAAAAACCACCUUCUUGUACUAUUGGAUAUUUAUUUGUUUGGUGGAUAGCCACAUAUAUCACACAAAAACUCUAAAACCCCAACAAGAAUUCUCUUAAGUUGAAAACUUGCUAGUCCCACAAAAAUUAAGACAGUCAUGUCCUACACAAAAAUUAAUUCAAUUCCUCCUACUGUAGCAUUUUCCUUGCUCUUCGUAUCUGCACUCUCACUUUCAUUCGCUCUGGUUGAUGGUGUUGUGAGUGAGUCUACUUAUGGCGUGGUUUCAUCAGUAAGUAAAAGGUUUCUGGCCGAAGACAAUGCUACUGGAAACUCAUCUCUAGUACUGGCUGCUGAAAGAACCCAUAGACGAGAUCCGCUUGAGGAUCGGAGUUACUAUACUGGUGGAUGGAACAUCAGUAACAAACAUUAUUGGGCUUCAGUUGCUUAUACUGGUGCCCCUCUUUUUGAACUUGCUAUAUUCUGGUUUGUGGCAUGUGCCAUUUCCUUGCUCCUAGUUUGUAUCUGUUGUUGCUGCUGCCGGAGAGGACGUUAUGGUUAUUCUCGAACUGCUUAUGCACUUUCUCUUAUUUUUCUCUCCGCAUUCACCAUUGCUGCAAUAAUUGGUUCUAUUUUUCUGUAUACUGGACAAGGGAAAUUUCAUGACGGUACAAAACAUACAUUGGAUUAUGUUGUGCAACAAGCAGGAUCAACAGUUGACAAUUUAAGGAAUGUGUCAAACAUUCUGGCUGUUGCCAAGCACACUGGAAUUAGUCAAAUUUUUCUACCUCAAAAUGUUCAAAACAACAUUGACAAGGUUGACACCAAGAUUAGCUCGGCUGCUGAAACUCUUGAAACGGAAACUGAGAAGAACAAGAAGGAUAUCAUGAUUGUCUUAGACUUAGUGAGGCGAAUUCUCAUCAUUGUUGCUGCUGUAAUGCUUGGUUUGGCUGCUCUUGGUUUCUUGUUAUCUAUACUUGGUCUGCAGUUUAUUGUAUACAUUCUAGUCAUUAUAGGGUGGAUCCUUGUUGCAGUCACAUUUAUCUUAUGUGGUGCAUUUCUUGUUCUUCACAAUGCAACGGGAGACACAUGUGUGGCAAUGGAUGAUUGGGUAAAAAACCCUUCGGCUCAUACAGCACUCGAUGAUAUAAUACCUUGUGUGGACACUGCUACUGCCCAAGAAACAUUGUCUCAGAGCAAAGAGGUCACCUACCAAUUGGUUGGAGUCACUAACACUAUAAUCACCAAUUUUUCAAACAUUAAUCCGCCUACCGGUGUUGGUUACAACCAAUCUGGUCCACUGGUCCCUAACCUCUGUAAUCCAUUUAAUUCAGACAAGACAGACCGGAAAUGUGCAAGUGGUGAAGUGGAACUUAGCAAUGCCACACAGGUAUGGAAGAAUUACGUCUGUGAGGUUUCAGCAAGUAAUAUGUGCUCCACUGUGGGCCGUCUAACCCCUUCUAUGUACGACCAAAUGACUGCUGUAGUCAACGUUAGCAACGGCCUGUAUCAUUCUGGGCCUUUCCUUAAGGAACUACUCGACUGCACUUUCCUUCGAGAUACCUUCACUGUCAUUCAUGACGAACAUUGUCCUGAUUUGAGCCGAUACAGUAAGUGGAUCUACAUCGGUUUAGCUCUGGUCUCAGUUUCAGUAAUGCUCUCACUCAUUUGUUGGGUACUAUAUGCAAGAGAGAGACGUCACCGGAAGUAUACCAAACUUGUUGAUGCUACAUCUGGUCAAUAAUCAUUAG